ACCAUGCAAAUUUAUUGUCUUUCAGAAGCAGAACUCAAUUUCUCUCAGUAAUGACGCCUUGAUUAAGAGGGCAGUUUCCCUAGUAACUGAUAGUACCUCUACUCUCCUCUCUCAAACAACAUAUGCCCUGAUUGAAGCUUUGACAGAGUAUACAAAGGCAGUUUAUACUCUGGUGUCUCUCUAUAAGCAAUAUGCAAAUCUUCUUGGGAAGAUGAAUUCGGAUGAGGUGGAUGCAGUCUGGCAGGUGAUAAUAGGAGCCAGAGUUGAGGUGACGGCAAAACAGCAAGAAUAUCUAAGGCUGGAAUCCAGCUGGAUGACUGCGUUACGGCUUUCAGAGAUGGCAGCAGAAGCUGCAUAUCAAACAGGUGCAGAUCAAGCCUCAGUGACCGCCCGCAGCCACAUCCAGCUCGUGAAAUCACAGGUGCAAGAUGUGCGGCAGCUCUCCCGGAAAGCAGAGACCAAGUUAGCUGAAGCUCAAACAGAAGAGCUCAUAAAAGCUCAAGGAGAUGAAUCGUCAUUGCCACAGGGCAUUUUAGGAAGCACAGAAGCAGGAGAUGACCCUUAUCUUCGAGAAGAUUGAGAAGAACUUGCGG